UUCGCUAUAAUCGGAUUCCUUAGGUUUGUCGUUUCGGAUUAAUAACAAGUUAUGCAAAAUGGAUUAAAAAAAUUUUUCUAUUGAACUGUUGUGAAACUCUAUGGGAUUUGAGUUCGGAACUAUGUUUUUCAUGGAUUUUUUUAUCGUGAUUAUGUGAAAGUGUUCUUUCAAAUUGUCUAACCUGGCUAUAUUUGUUUUUCGCCCUCGGGUCGUAAAGCUUCAAAGUGACACGAAAGUUGUGUAAGUGACGUCGGGGCGACAUUCCAUCUGAUCUUGAAAAUCAAAUGGGAUAAAAAUAUUUUUACACAGUACAACUUUAAUUCAAACGAGCUUAUUCUUUCCAUGCAAGCUGUACUGUUUCCGAUAAUCGGAACCCAAAUUUUAAUAAGGAAAACCGUACUUCUGUAUACUUGUUUUUAGUUUUGAUUUCCGGCUUUAUUUAUUGUCCUUAAGAAAAGUUCAGUUUCAAAAUUGUAUAGUGAAUUGAAAAAUAUUUAUCUUCUAAUUUUGCUUAUGUUUCCUUUGAGUUUACUUUGAUUCUGAAUUUCAAGGUUAAAUGUAUGUAUAUGCUAUCUGUGAUGAUGAUUGAGAUUAUUCAUUUUUUUUGUAAGUGUAUAUAAGUUUAUUUUUUGAAACAUUGAUCUGCCAUCUGAUGGAUGUUCCUUGUGUCUUUACCUGGUAUUUUACCUGGGCAUUCCUAAUGAUAUACAUAUUUGAUAUAGAGAAGAGCUUUAUAGUCAUGUGAGAUAGUUUAAUUUUUUCGUAUGGUUUUGCCUUGGAUAUAGACUGAAAUGUCAUUUUUUAGUAAUUUUAAGAAAAUUUUCCAUAUUGCGGGGGGUCUUGCUUCUGAAACUAAAAGAAGGAGGGUUUGUAACAAUAUAAGAUUUAAUGAGAAUCCUGAUGAUUUCUGGGAAAUUGUUGGAGAACUUGGAGAUGGAGCAUUUGGUAAAGUAUUCAAGGCUCAACAUAAAGAAACUGGAAAAUUGGCUGCUGCAAAAAUAUGUGAACUCAAAGGUGAAGAUGAUCUAGAUGACUUUACUGUUGAAAUUGAUAUAUUAUCAGAAUGUAAGCAUAAGAACAUAGUUGAACUUCUGGAAGCUUUCUUCUACGAAGGAAAGUUAUGGAUUUUAAUCGAAUUCUGUGAAGGGGGUGCUAUUGAUACAAUCAUGGUAGAUUUGGAAAAGCCUUUGACUGAAUCCCAAAUCCGAUAUCUAUGCCAUGAAGUUUGUGAGGGUCUCCAAUUUUUACAUGAACACAAAAUCAUCCAUCGUGAUAUCAAAGCUGGUAAUAUCCUCUUGACUAUGGAUGGAGGUGUUAAGCUAGCUGAUUUUGGAGUGUCUGCUAAAAACAAGCAUACCCUUCAAAGAAGAGAUUCAUUUAUUGGAACUCCAUAUUGGAUGGCUCCUGAAGUUGUUCUCUGUGAAACAUUUAGAGAUAAUCCUUAUGACUAUAAGGCUGACAUUUGGAGUUUGGGUAUAACUCUCAUUGAGCUUGCUGAAAUGGAUCCACCUAAUCAUGAAAUGACACCUAUGCGAGUACUUCUAAAAAUUCAAAAGCAGGAUCCUCCAACUUUGAGUCAACCAUCCAAAUGGUCUAAACAAUUCAAUGAUUUUAUAUCAAAGUGUCUUGUUAAAGAUCCUCAAAAAAGGGCAAGUGCAAAAGAGUUGCUUGAACAUCCUUUUAUAGCUGGAGCUUUAGAUAGUAGACCAUUAAGAGAACUUAUCCAUGAACAUAAAGCAGAAGUGAUUGAAGAAGUAACAGAAGAUGAUGAAGAUACUGAAAUUCCAUCUAGACUAUCCUCAUCUCACAUGAGUGUUAAUAGUCUUGCUACUGCUGAUAGUGGAUCAAAUUUGAGUGAUGUUUCGGAUACCUCAGGAUCCAAAACAGACGGCAUAUCUUUGAAGUCAUCUGCUCAGAGAAAUAGUGAUAUAAUUGAAACAUCUACUCCAGUACCUAAAUCACAAAAUUCUAAGCCAGCUGCACCAAAAGUACCUGAAAUAGAUAAAAAUUUGCUACAGAGGCAUAAGAGCAAAGAAGAUGUAUCAAUUGCUAAUAAAGAAAAUUUGAAAAAAGCUCAGAGCACUCCUUCAUUGAUUGAAAACCAACCUCCUGUUGUAAAUAGGAAACCAGUUGCACCUGUACCACCUAAAGAAAAUGCUCGAAAUAGGCCAUACAGUUGCAUUGAACAAGUAAAUAAAACUAAUUCCAGUGUGCCUGAAAGCAAGGUUAUUGUUAUAUCUAAUUUUGCAAAUGAAAAAGACAGUUCCUCUACUGAUGAUGAUAACUCAUCUACUGGGAAGUGGAAGGAAACCAGAGAUGAAGAAAUCAAUCAAAAUGUUUCAUCAAAUUGGUCAAUAAAUACAAUACCCAAAACAUUAACGCCUGACAGUCCAGAAGUUACAAUCUCUUCCAGUCACAGUAUUGUUGAAGAAGCUAACAUGAAGAAAAGCAAUAAUUCUCUUUCUUCCUUGGACUCCAGUCAUAUUUCAAUUGUUACUAUUGGUGAUAUUGAGGAAGUUAAAGACUCGUCUAUAUGUGUUGAGGGCACAACUACCACAUCUACAGAUGUGGACUCUUUACCACAUGAAAACAGUGAAGUGGUUGUGCUACAAACCCCCAUUACCCAUACUUUAUCGAAAUCUGAUGUGGUAGUGGUUCGGACUUCAGAUUGGACAGAUAAUAGUUCUUUUAACAAACCCAUAAUGCAAAUAAGUGAUAAAACUCCUAAAACAAAUGUAGUGAAUUCAGUUUGUAGACCUGUUUCUAGUCAUGAGGGUGCAAAACCUCCUCCGAAAGACCAGGCAUUAAAUACUGUUGGUACAGAAGAAAAACCUAAAAUUCGUGUGAGUGUUAACCUUAAGAAAGAUCCUUCAUAUCCAUCACCACCACAUUCCCCUGCUCCUUCUAGACCAGCCUCAUCACCUACAUGUGCUGUGUCAUCUGAUGACAGUUCUGUUUGUCCUUUGCCUUCUGAAAAUGGAAAAAGUAUAAAGAAAAUAACUAGUGAUUCAGAAAGUGUGUCAACAUUAGAUAGUAUUGGUAGCAGUGAUAAGGAGAACAGGAGUCAUGAAGAUGAGAAUCAAGCCACACUGAAGAAGAAAAAGGAAUACACAAGUGUUUCAAAUAACCAAACUAGAAAGUUAAAUGGUGUGGCAACUAAACCAAAAAGUGCACGACCGAAAACUUUGAAGAAAACUAGAAAAUUUAUGGUAGAUGGUGUUGUUGUAACAACUACUACAAGUAAAAUUAUAUAUGAAGAUGAUGAACAAACUUUGAAAGAAGAUCACAUAUUAAGGAAACAAGAACUCAGAGAAUUGAAAAUGCUUCAAAAACAAGAAACCAAACAAUUCCAGGAUUUAGCUUUAAAAGCCCAAUUUAAUAGGGAACAACAAGAAAAGAAAUUUGAUCAAGAAAUGAUGAUUCUUGUGAGAAAUUAUGACAAUGAUUUAGAAGCUUUGAAUAGGCAACAAAAGCAACUAGUGGAGAAGGCUGAACAGCAGCAAGAAUUGGAUCUUAAAUUUGCAUCAAAGAAAAUAAGAGCUGAUCAAGAACGAGAAAUGAAAGCAUUUCGAGAGUCACUAAAAAAUGAAUUUAAAUUUUUGAAACAAGAAAUAGAUACUUUGCCUAAGGAAAAGCGGAAAGAUAUGAUGCGAGUUCGAAAGGAACAAAUGGAAUUAGAUCAUAUAGAAAGGGAACGGCAGUUUAUUGAAAGGCUGAAUGAAAAUCAUGAUCUGCAGAUGAAAAGGUUAGCAGAUACUCAUAAAGAAAAGAUAGCUCUCCUUGAAAGGCAGUUUUUGCAACAGAAACAACAGCUAUUGCGAGCUCGAGAAGCAGCUAUUUGGGAAUUAGAAGAGAGACAUUUACAUGAGAAGCAUCAGCUAGCGAAGCGGCAGCUGAAAGAUUUAUUCUUUCUUCAAAGGCAUCAGAUGUUAGUAAGGCAUGAAAAAGAACUGGAGCAAAUAAGAAGAAUGAAUGAUGCGAAGGAAGAAGAAGUGCUGAAGCAACAGGCAAUCGAGAAACGUCAGUGGCCAAAAAGAAUGCGAUCUGAAAUGAAAACAAGAGAGCUUAUGUUUCGUGAAAGUUUACGUAUCAGUUAUGCAAAUUUGUCUGAAUCCCAUGAAGAUGAAAGAGAGAAAAUUCGCAAGUUCCAAGAAGGAGAAAAACGACGAUACAAGGCUGAACAGCAACGACAAGAACUAAAACAUAAAAAGCAACUUGAGGAAUUAAGGGCACAUGCUGAAUCAACAGUGAAAGAACUUGAACAAAUGCAAAAUGAAAAGAGAAAAAUGCUAAUGGAACAUGAAACUUUAAAGUUGAAGCAGUUGGAAGAGGAACAUUCUGCUGAACUUAAAGAGUGGAAGGCAAAUCUUAAACCUCGAAAACAGAGACUUGAAGAAGAAUUCAUCCAACAGCGUGAAGAACAAGAACGUUUUUAUGGCACUUCUGCUUACUUGCAAGAUUAUUUAACUCAAGGCCGUGAGUCUCCUCACACUCCAGGAACUCCUGGAUCUGAAGCAUCAUUUCCUCGCAACUUCUGAUCAUUUGUUGCACUCCAUCACUCAUUUAUUUGUACAGGGACAAAAUGUAUAAUUAUUUGUUCAGAGAAAACAUUAUUUACAGAAAAGCUUGUCUUUUGAUAUUUUAAGCUUAGAAGAACUAAAGCAAAAAAGCAAUGUGGAAACAUCUUAUACAAAUCAAGUGAUAAUUUUGUGUGCGUGUGCAUUUGAGGAUAAUUGGUUAAAUGUGUUGUUGAACCUUUUAUUUAAUUAUAUUAUCUCUGGAAAUCGGAAUUUCAGAUGUUAUUUCUGUCAUACCCACAUUAGUAUGUGUAUUUGCUCAAAUUUUUUUCUCUUUUAUUUGUAGCUGGUAAAUAUUUCAUAAACAUUUUUAUUUCUUGACUUUAAAGGGAAGGUGGAAUUCAUUCUGGAAAAUAUGUAAUAUCUAUCUUGAAUGUUUGAUAGGAUGUUUUUAGUUUCUAUAUUUAAUGACAAUAAUAUUACAGUUGGUAUUUCAUUUUAAUAUUAUUACUUUUACUAACUUACAGUAUUAAUAGUUGUACAUUUUGUUUACAUUCUUUUUCUCCAAAUCUAUGAAUGUGUUUUAAAUUGGUAGAUUUUUCAUUAAGUCACUUUAAUUUGAAAUUUGUAAAUAGAGUUCUCCCCUUUACCCAGUGCUCACUGUAUAUGGAAAUGCUGUAACUAUGUAAAAUUGUAAAUGAUGAAAGAUAUCUUUGUUACUGACUACAAUUGCUGCACUAUUUCCUGCAACUUAGCCAUAGUUUUUACAGCACCUUUUGCUAGUCAUCUUUAUUUUUCUGUUUGUUUUCCCCUUUACUAGUUCAUUAAUUUUUUAAAAAAAGAAUUGCACAUUUUAAUUUCUAUUAUGUAGAGAUAAGUAGAAGAGUAAUUAUUCAUCAUUUGAAAUUGAUAAACAUUAUAAAUCCAGCACCAUUUAUUAUUUCAAUGUAAAAUAUGAUAGGGUUUUUUUUUUUUUUGUUUGUUUGUUUUCUAAUUAUGGAAUGCAUUCCAAUGCGGAUUAAUUCCGUUUUCACUGUCUGAUGAUGAAAAAUUAAAUAGCAACUUGUUUUUGCUGUAAAUAAUUGUAGCAAUAAAUUAGUUAUGAACUAUAAACUGUGCCAAUGCUUUUAGAUUCCUUGUUGUAGUUAACUUAAUCUUCUUUAAAUUUAUAUUACUGUUAAAGAAUUUUUGUAUAUUGCAAAGACUCUGCUAUCCACUUUUAAGUAUUAUUUCUG